UGACUGACUCUGACCCGGGAGACGUGUCACCCCCCUCAUUUGGCACAGCUCCUUCCUCAUCAUGGCGCGCGCAGCUGCAGCAGUUGUUGGCCCUUUCCUGCUGCUUGUUGUACUUUCACACUCCGUUGGCUGCACCACUACAAGGUAUUUCACUUUUGAAGAGGAUGCACCCGGGACAGAGAUUGGAAAUUUGUCCCAGGAUUUAAAAAUUGAUCCGGGAGAUGACCCCGACACGUCCUUCCGCUUCAUGCAGCAGAGCAACUCCUCCGUGGUGGAGAUGCGGGAGUCUGACGGGCUCCUGAGCGUGGCGGAGCCGAUUGAUCGAGAGCAGCUGUGCCCCAGGUCCCCCCGCUGCCUCAUCACCUUCGACGUGGUGGCCCACUCCCAGGAAAAGUUUCAGCUCAUCCACGUGGAGAUUGAGGUGAAAGACAUCAACGAUCACUCCCCGCGCUUCCCACUCAACGAGACGAGUCUGGAGAUCAUGGAAAAUGUUCCCCUGGACUCCAGAUUCCCCCUGCAGAUCGCAGUGGAUGAGGAUGUGGGGGAGAACUACAUCCAGAGCUACACCAUCUCCCCCUGUGGGUACUUCUCCGUGGAGGUGCGUGAGGGGGAGGACGGGCUGAAGUUUGCGGAGUUGGUGCUGGUGCGCGAGCUCGACAGGGAGGUGGAGGAUUCCUACACCAUCCAGGUGACUGCGUCCGAUGGAGGAGAGCCUCCAAAGUCCGGCUCCAUGACCGUGCGCGUCAGAGUUCUGGACUUCAACGACAACAGCCCGGUGUUCGAGCACAGCUCUCUGAAAGUUGAGCUGAAUGAGGACGCGCCGGUGGGACACCGGGUCCUCCGGGUGCACGCCUUCGACCCGGAUGACGGCGUCAACGGGGAAGUUGUGUACGCGCUCGGCGCCGGCGUCUCCACGGAGGCUGCGCGCGUUUUCCACGUGGACUCCCACUCCGGAGAUGUAACUUUAAAGGCGCGCGUGGACUUUGAGAAGAGGAGGUCCUACGAGCUGAACAUCAGAGCCUCGGAUUCGGGUGAGAACUCGGUUCCGUCCGUCUGCAAAGUUCUGAUAGAAGUCGUGGACGUGAACGACAACGCGCCGGAGAUCGGCAUCAAACCCAUGACCUCCAGCAGCGACGGGGUGGCGUACAUCACCGAGGCUGCGGCCGCCGAGAGCUUCGUGGCUCUCAUCAGCACCACGGACAGCGACUCCGGCUCCAACGGCUACGUGCGCGUCAGCCUGCUCGGGCACGAGCACUUCAGCCUCCAGCAGGCGUAUGGAGACACGUUCAUGAUCGUCACCACCACAACUCUAGACAGAGAAGACAUCCCAGAGUACAACCUGACUGUAGUUGCAGAGGAUUUGGGGCAACCUCCUUUCAAAACUGUCAGGCAGUACACCAUCAGCGUGACUGACGAGAAUGACAACCCCCCACUCUUCAGUAAACCCCUCUAUGAGGUUUCAGUCUUGGAAAAUAACAUUCCAGGAUCAUAUUUAACCACCGUUGUUGCAACUGAUCCCGAUGUUGGAAAAAACGCCAAAGUUUCCUACAAACUCAUCGACUCAGAGGUGGAAGGAGGAUCUCCAGUGUCCACAUACGUGUCUGUGGAUUCUCACUCAGGAUCCGUGUACUCUCUGAGGUCGUUUGAUUUCGAAACGUUGCAGCAAAUCGAGGUGGUGGUCCAAGCCGAGGACAGAGGCUCCCCUCCGCUUUCCAGCACGUCAACCCUCCAGAUCAGAGUUGUAGAUCAGAAUGACAACUAUCCAUACUUCACCUUCCCCGUCCUCCUGAAUAACUCUGCUGAUAUAUCUCUGCCCUACAACGCGCCCUCCGGUUAUCUUGCCCUUCAAGUAUCAGCCGAAGAUGAGGACGGAGGCGUGAACGGCCAGCUCGCCUACCAUAUUGUACAAGGUGACCCCAAGCUGUUUACGAUAAACGAAGACACGGGAGAGAUUGCUCUAAAACAAAGGCUGACAGCUGAAAACGGGGACGUGCUGGAAAUAAAAAUUACAGUGAGUGACGGCGGCAGGUCCCCGCUCUCCAGCAGCGCCACUAUUAGGUUUGUCAUCUCAGACGCCGAGCCUGCCGAAGACCAAGUCAUCCUUGUGCUGCGGUCAAGUGACGAGGACGGCUUCAGCUUUGAUGGGCCACUAAUUAUUAUUAUCAUGCUCAGUGGGGGUUGUGCAUUGUUGUUAAUUGCAAUAAUAGCUGUGGCUGUCACAUGCAAACUGAGCCGUGGGAGGAGAAGCCACGGCAGCAAGAGAGACGUGAACCUGUUCGAUGGGAGGCCCCUGCCCAUGCUCAGCUUAGCAGAGCCAAACAUUUACACGGGCCAGCGGGGGUUCUUCCACGAGGGGACGUCUCUGUCGCUGGACGACCCCUGCCUGUACGAGGAGAGGAGUGGAGACUCAGACACAAAAAUCUUCCUGCCCUCCAAGCGUUUUCAGCCCACAUCCGUGUGGCAAGGUGAUAGAUACUGCCUGCAAGUGAGUGGCAUCAACAACAAUGACCAGCUGAGCGUGAAGGACAGCGGGAAAGGGGACAGCGACUUCAACGACAGCGACUCUGACAUCAGCGGGGACGGGGGCAAGAAGAACUUCAGUACCUUCCAGCCGAGACUAAAAAGUGCUGCAAACAGCAUUUCUGGAGACUGCCAGGGCACCUAUUGUGCAAUCCCGCUGCAGAGCCUCCGAGCUUCCAGAGAUCAAGCGUACACAAUGGGCUUCUCUCCGGCGCCCGUCUUCAACAAUCAUCACGGCAACAGGAAUGACUGUGGUUAUGGGACAAAUCAGCCGAAAUCACGAAGCAGCAUGCAGACCUUCUCAAAGUCUGGGACCCUUCCGUCCUACUUCAAUCAGCAGCUGCAUGAAGCUGCGGUGGCGGGGGCUCCGGCACACAAGCAGAGUCCUAAUAUAGUGACUGUGGCGACAGAGUUGGAAGUUGCAACCAUUUUUUAGAAGAAUAAAAAAAGUUCAUGAUCAGAAAAUGAGAUUACAGAUGUGUAGAUAUUUGUUUAGGAACAUUUUUAAUCUUUGAUUUUAGCGGAGUGUAUGUUGUGAUUCUUUUUUGUCUUUUCUUCAUUAAAUCCAACCAAAAAAUGUGUUUUUGCUUA